GGAGGAGUUCCUGGGUUAGCUUAGGGGUGAUACAGGGACUUUCUAAAUUUAGUUCUAAGUUUCUCUUGGCUGCUGUUCAGCAAAGCCAGGGCUGGGAGAAGUCUUGUCUAGGAACAGCUGCUUCCCCUUCUGUCCUUCAGCUGCAGGUGCUGCACUGAGUGUCCCUUGUCCCCUGGCUGUGGCCAUGCAUUUUCCUCCCCUCCUGUAAAUCCCUUCCCUGGAGAGAAGGAGCACCAGGUCAGAGAUGUGGGCCAGUUGGUGGUGCCCCACUGGCAGGAGCUGUGUCCUGUUCCUGCCUUCUCCAGGGCAGGCUCUUGCCCUGGCAGCGCAGGUGUCCGAGCUGCAGCUGGCACAGGAUCACCUUGAGCCACGGCUGCUGUGCUGUGGUUAAUGAUUACCCUGUGCCUCACACUGCCCUGCCUGGCGUGGGGAGCCAGUGCUGCAGCCCAGGGGAGCAGGAGGAUGCUGCUGCUGCUGCUCCUGGCUCUGCUGGGCCCCGCUGGCUGCCCCAGGACCGAGCCCCUGAGCGGCUCCAGCCAGGAGCCGCUGUUCCGCGGCGCCGACCGCUACGACUUCGCCAUCAUGAUCCCUGCCAGCACUGUAGAGUGCUUCUGGCAGUUCUCACACCAGGGAGGCAACUUCUUCUUCAGCUACGAGGUCCAGCGGGCAACGGGGAUUGGCAACAGCAGGAGCAUCCUGGUCACAGCGAGUGACCCCAAUGGCUUCCAGCUCGGAGAGUCCCAGGACGUGCGAGGACAGAUCAACUUCCUCACCAAGGACACAGGUUUCUACCAGCUCUGCCUGGACAACCGGCAAAACCACUUCGGCUUAAUGCAGGUGUAUCUCAACUUUGGUGUGUACUACGACGACUUCAACAUGGAGCACAAGCAGACAGCAGAGAAGAAGGAGCUGAAUGACACCCUGGAGGCAAUUGGGGUGAGCAUCCGGAAGCUGCAGAUCCACACCUUUCACAUGUGGCGCUUCUACAACUUUGCCCGGAUGAGGAAAGGGGCUGACUCCUUCCUCCUGGAGUCCAACUACAACUACGUCAACUGGUGGUCGAUGGCCCAGAGCUGUGUCAUUGUCCUCUCCGGGGUGCUGCAGCUCUGCUUCCUCAAGCGCCUCUUUCAUGCACAAACCUCGGGCAGCCAGAGGUGCUAGAACAGGGCAGGGACCCCCUGCAGAGCCAGCUCACCUGGCUGUCACUCUGGCCUACUACAGAGUAGGAGCAGAGGCUGGAUUCUGCUUCCAGGAGGCUGGAAAGUUCCCCCUGCUCCUCCCUCAGGUCUAGCCCUGGCAUCUGCCCGAGAAAAGUCAAAGGCCACACUGUCACCUGUGUUCUGUAUGCUGUGUGGGUUUGUCACACUCCUACCCCUUGUUAGUAUCUUAAUGGGCCUCUUCUACCGGACUCCCAAUAAAGGAGCCCCUGGCAGAGUCUGGGGAGCGACUGCUGCCUGCUAAAGCCAUCCAGCCUCUGUGGGAUUAAAAGCUGCUGGUCCCUCCCUCUCCUGAA